CAGGAGAGGGGAGGGGCGUAAUCAGCAGUGUAGGGAAAGAGGAGGAAGCAGCGAGGAUGGCGGAGUCACACCUCUGAAGCAAAUGUAGAAAGGGUUAAAACGCCUCUGUGGAACCUUUCCGUCUGAAAGGACAUCUGUCUGAUGGUCCUGGGAUUGUCUCCUUUCAAACGCUCCAGCGCGUGGCACAUGGAUCCCACAAAUCACCUAAGUUCCUAACAUCUCUGGACCUGAAGACCACUUUUUCAAGGCUAAUCGUAAAUGUGUUGGCCUGCAUGGGGAUGCUUUCUUUAAAAGCCUCCGUGACCAGGUCUUUUUGUUUGAAUAAGUAACCUGACAAGAGAGAGUCCCAUGAACAGCUCUGCUGCAAGGCCAACAACGUCAACAUGAGUAGUACUUUAGGCAAAGAAAAGGAUUCAAAGGAAAAGGACCCCAAAAGUGGCCCUGCAGGUAAAGAAAGGGAAAAGGAGGCCAAGGCGUUGGCCAACUUUGUCAAAGACAGCGGGAAAGAAACAAAGACCAAAGGGAAAGAUGCCAAAGAAGGAAAGAAGGACACAAGCAGCUCAACACAGGGCGUUGCCUUCCAUGUUGACAAUACGAUAAAGAGGCCAAACCCAACUCAAGGUACACGCAAGAAGUCCAGUAACGCAGAGGUUAUCAAAGAGCUUAACAAAUGUCGAGAGGAGAACUCCAUGAGACUGGAUCUGUCAAAGCGCUCAAUUCACAUGCUUCCCACCUCUAUUAAAGAGUUAAAUCAGUUGGCAGAACUCUAUUUGUACAGCAACAAGCUUCAGAGCCUGCCAGCCGAGGUAGGUUGCCUAUCAGGCCUGGUCACAUUGGCCCUCAGCGAGAACUCCUUGACCAGUUUGCCUGAUUCACUGGACUCCCUGAAGAAGCUCAGAAUGCUUGACCUCCGGCACAACAAGCUCAGAGAGAUACCCGCCGUCGUCUACCGCUUGACAUCACUGACCACGCUGUACCUGCGUUUUAACCGCAUCACAACAGUGGAGAAGGACAUCCGAAACCUGUCCAAGCUCACCAUGCUCAGCAUCCGAGAGAACAAGAUCAAACAGCUGCCUGCAGAGAUCGGGGAGCUAUGCAAUCUCAUUACUUUGGAUGUUGCCCAUAAUCAGUUGGAACAUCUACCCAAGGAGAUUGGAAAUUGCACACAGAUAACCAACCUUGACUUGCAGCACAAUGAGCUUUUGGACCUCCCAGAAACAAUAGGCAAUUUGGCAAGCAUAAAUCGCUUAGGGCUACGAUAUAACAGAUUGUCGGCCAUCCCAAGAUCUCUAGCCAAAUGCCGGGAACUGGAGGAGCUAAACCUCGAAAACAACAACAUCUCAGUGUUGCCAGAGGGUCUUCUGUCAAGUUUGGUUAACCUGACCAGUCUAACACUGGCAAGGAACUGCUUUCAGUCUUACCCUGUGGGCGGGCCAUCGCAGUUCUCCACCAUCUACUCCCUCAACAUGGAACACAACCAUAUCAACAAGAUCCCAUUUGGCAUCUUCUCAAGGGCCAAAGUCUUAAGCAAGCUUAACAUGAAGGACAACCAGUUAACAUCUCUGCCACUGGACUUUGGCACAUGGACCAGCAUGGUUGAACUGAACCUUGCCACCAAUCAGCUGGCUAAGAUCCCAGAAGAUGUCUGUGGGCUCGUUUCCCUUGAGGUGCUGAUAUUGUCCAAUAAUCUUCUGAAGAAGUUACCGCAUGGUAUUGGGAAUCUGAGGAAGCUGCGAGAGCUUGAUUUGGAAGAAAACAAGUUGGAAUGUCUGCCAAAUGAAAUCGCUUACCUGAAGGACUUACAGAAAUUGGUUCUGACAAAUAAUCAGCUGACCACGUUGCCCAGAGGGAUUGGCCACCUCACCAACCUGACUCACCUGGGGUUGGGGGAGAACCUGCUGCAGCACCUUCCUGAGGAGAUCGGAACACUGGAGAACCUGGAGGAACUGUACCUCAACGAUAACCCCAACCUCCACAGCCUCCCGUUUGAGCUGGCCCUCUGCAGCAAGCUGGCCAUCAUGAGCAUUGAGAACUGUCCCCUCACUCAUCUGCCGGCUCAGAUUGUGGCAGGAGGCCCUUCCUUCAUCAUCCAGUUCCUCAAGAUGCAGGGACCCUACCGUGCCAUGGUCUGAGCGCAGAGCGUCCGGACGCCGGUCCGAGCCGCCUUUCUGCCGCCCAUCCUUGUCCCUCGUAUCACACACUGUGAAGAAGAUGGGACUCACCACAAUCAGUGUCAGGGCCACGGCGAGGGGGUGUGAUGGGCGCCAUGGCGAGGAGGUGUGAUGAGCGCCAUGGCGAGGGGGUGUGAUGAGCGCCACGGCUCUUCAGCCAGAAAGGAUGCACAUCGUUGGAGACUUGCUUCUGCGUCGCUUUGGAGUUCCCCGUCACGUUACGAACCCGCCCACCAAACCGCGAUCACUCUUCAUUCCAAACUUUCCCAGGGGAACUUGUGUCCACCCGUUUGCCAAAACAGAGGGUCUGAUGUUUUAUAUAUCUAUCUAUCAAUGAUAGAGGUAGAGGUCUGUACAGAUAUAGAUGGAUGUAUAAAACGGUGAGCUGCCAGGCGAGUCUGUCCGCCUCCUGAACUGUGCUCUCAUGCCAACGUAUUUACAGUCAUUACAGCAUAUACUAUGUGAGCAAGGAUACAACUGUAUGCAAAAGCAAAAAGAAAUUCUCAUUCACUGCUGCUGCCGUACUUUUAAACGAUAUCAUUUGUUAGACUUUCUUUAAGGAUUUCCCUUUUUUUUACACAAUCUAUUGGUGGUCGUGACUUCUGUUAAUUGCUACUUUGACCAUAGUGAACAAAGUUUUAACAAUGUUGUACUUAAUAUUUGUUUUCUUCUUUUGAAACUUUCAAUGUUUUUUUUAAAGAUGUGCCUACGUUUAGAGUGAUCCGGUGGGUUCUUUCUAAACUCUUUUCUCCAUGGAAAUACAAAGAUCUAAAUUAUUUCAAGGGUUUUUCUUACUGCUGUUUGUACUUCCUCCUUGUUUUUCCUCUUCUUGCUUUCUUUCCUUCCUUUAUUUUAGGAGAAGUGUUGCAUCCGUUUCUCUGGAACAUAAUAUCGGUUGUAAAAUAGUCCAUGGAGACCCUUCUGAACAGACAGCAGCAGUAGUUGUACAACAAUGAGUUCGUCAUGUAAACCUGUAAGAAAUGCCAAUCAUUCAAGCCUGAGGAAGAAAGCAGCUCGGACUUUCCUUCUACCAAUGCAAGUGGAAAUGUGGCGCCCUCUAUAUGAUUGUGAUGAACAACAAAAACAGAAAACAGGGGGGAGGGAGUCCAUCAAACAUGGCUAUGGGGAUAAAUUAUAGAUGUUUUUAUAUAUGUAUGCAAUUUCUGGUGGUUGCCUUGAGUGCAAUUUUUAGUUCUGUGGACUGGUUUGAUAUAAUCUCCAGUGUUGGGCUUCUUAGCUUCAUCCAGUUGAUCGUUGACCAACAUAUCAAGUGUUUCUAAAGACGUUUUUGGAGUCUGGAGCAAAGUGUACGGAGCUUCAAGAGUAGUUCAUAAUAAAACCUUGAAGGGUCA